GGAUUGCACAGACACGGGCCCCAGACUGCGCCUUGUCUUUUCUAUGAAGAAGUGCAACAAGAAAGAUGAGUGUUAUGCUUCGCCUCUUCCUGUUCAUGUGGGUUGUUGCUCUCCCUGUGUCUUUGGCAUUCAACAUUGACACCACAAAUCCCAAAGUCUACAAUGGCGAUCAAAAAGCUUUCUUUGGAUACAAAGUGCUUCAGUAUGUGUCUGGCUCCAAGAAGGGGAUACUUGUCACUGCACCGCUUCAGAAUAAUGGAACUGGGGCAGUAUGCAAACCAGAUCACAGCCAAACUAUCAAGUGCUUCAACCCACAAGGACUCUCAUUUGAAGACAAAGGCAUAGAAGUCAAGCAUCUUGGACUGUCUAUAGCUGAAGACACGAUACACUCCCAGUUCACUGUUUGCAGCCCCUAUGUAGCUCACGAAUGUUAUGAUAACUCCUACCUGAACAGUGUGUGCUACAAGAUGACAGAUGAUCUACAGGAAAUCACCUCUUUCAAACCGAUUUUUCAAGAAUGCAGAAAGAAGACUGUAGAUCUCGUCUUCCUCUUUGAUGGGUCAAGGAGUAUGGAUGAAGAAGACUUUGAAAAAAAUAAAGAUUUCAUACUGGAUAUCAUGAACAGCCUCAAAAACACAUCGAUCAAGUUUGCAGCAGUUCAGUUCGCCACAUCUCAUAGAACAGUCUUUGAUUUUACUGACUAUCAAAGUGGGCGUGCGCGCCAAAAACUGAGAGAGGAACGUCAUAUGGUGACCCUCACCAACACCCACCAAGCCCUCAAAUUUGUAUUGACAAACCUCUUUGAGAAUCAAGAUGCAGGUGCCUCAUCCGAUGCAAUGAAAGUUCUGGUCCUGAUCACAGAUGGAGAUCCGAGUGACACUGAUGAAGAUGCAAAUAUGAUUAUCAACACCUACAUCGAAAAACGCAUCAUUCGGUUUGUCAUCGGGGUGAAAAUUGAGAACUUAAAUGAAUUAAAGAUGAUUGCUUCAGACCCAAAAGACAAAUAUGCCUUUAAAAUUGAGAAUUACCAGGGGCUCACAGGAUUACUGGAAAACUUUCAAAAACACAUCUUUAACAUAGAAGGAGACACCAAAGUGGCUCGGGCACAAGACAUGACCAAUGAAAUGUCUCAGAGAGGAUUCAGUGCUGCAUUCUACAAGGACAUUUUGAUUCUGGGUUCAGUGGGCUCAAACAGCUGGCGUGGUGCUCUGUAUGAGCGUCAAGAUCAAACUGAGACACAGAUUGAAGAUUCACAAAUGCAGAUGGACUCUUACAUGGGAUAUUCGGUUUCUGUGGGACAGGUGAACGGGGUUCCUCUAUAUUUCACUGGUGCACCAAGAUUUGAGCAUGUAGGACAAAUUGUAGUCUUCACUCACACCGGGAACAACUGGAAUGUCGCCCAAAGAAUAAAUGGGGAGCAGAUUGGUUCCUAUUUUGGGGCAGACCUUUGUACCUUAGACGUGGACUCCGAUGGUAACAGUGACUUUCUCUUGGUGGGAGCACCCCUGUUUUACCACGCUCAGGAAAAAUCUGAGGGACAGAUCUACAUCUACAGGCUGACUGAUGAGAUGCUGCUGAAAAGUGAAAUAAAUGUUAGCCAACUGUCCAUGGGGAGAUUUGGCACUAGCAUAGCCAGCCUUGCAGACCUGAAUGGAGACGGGCUGCGAGAUGUUGCAGUUGGGGCCCCUCUUGAGGAUGCUAAUGCAGGGGCAGUGUACAUCUACUUCGGUGACAGACACCAAGGGAUGCGCAGUGUUUAUAGUCAGAGAAUCACGGGACGAGAAGUAAAACAUGGCAUCAGAUUCUUUGGACAGGACAUAAAUGGAAACAUAGACCUGGAAGAUGACGCACUACCAGACAUAGUAGUUGGAUCCUAUGGCGCAGCUAUUGUCUUAAGGUCCAAGCCCAUUGUUAAUGCUUUAGCUCGCCUGUCUUUUCAACCAAAGGAGAUAACUCUUGACCAGAUUGACUGCUCGGCCAACACAGACACCAUCUUACCCAUGGUUAACUUAACAGCCUGCUUUGAAAUAGUAGAAACAACGAAAAGUAAAGCAGGAACGAUGAAAUUAGGACUAAACAUUUCGUACAUGCUUGAUGUGGAUCCCAUGAGACAAUCGCACCGAGGUUUCUUCGCUCAAAGUGACAAGAAAUCAAGGAAUCUUACACUCACCUAUCAACUGCUGGAUAAAGACACAUGCUUCCUGUACCCCAUCCACAUGCCAAAAUGUGUGAAAGACACCCUGUCACCUAUCAGCAUCAAAUUAAACUUCUCCCAGGUGAACAGUCACCGUGCAGAUGCUGUCCUGAAUGCAGAUGCCAAAACACAAGCUGUUGUUGAGGUUCCUUUUGAAAGAAAGUGUAAAAAGAAUGACACCUGUAUUGCUGAAAUUGAAGUAAACUUCAAAUUCUUGACUCCGACGUUACUGGUGGCUGAAGAAAAUUACUUUAAUAUCUCCAUUACAAUAACCAAUCAUGGUGAUGACUCGUACAACACCAGCCUAACGAUGCACUACCCGCCAGGACUCUCCUACUCCAGGAUGUUUCAGGUUAUUACACAGGCCACAAGACGAACGCUCCACAAGUGCGAUGAUCUGGAUGGAGUGACUGACAAAACAAUAUGUGGCAUCAGCCUUCCUGUGUAUCGCAGCAAAUCAAUCGCAACAUUUCAAAGCUCUUUCCACAUCAGUACCGAGUAUCAGUGGAAUGACACUAUUGCAAUUAGUGUCACUGGAGAAAGUGAUAAUAACAACUCCACCCUGUCUCUGCUGACCAAGACGCUACCGGUACAAUUUGAAGUAAAAAUGGCAAUAACAGUGAAAGAGGAAACCACCACUUAUCUGAACUUCACAGAAGAGGACUCAGACCCAAAAAGAAUGGUCAUCAUAUAUAAGGUGGAUAACCCGGGCUGGAAGGCUUUUCCUGUCAAUGUCUCACUGAACUUUCCAACUCAUCUCCAGUACAACUUUGAAAUGGAAAAUUAUCAAGUCUUUGUACAACAGAACAAAACUCAGUGCAAAAACAUCACUGGAAUUCAUUCUGAAUAUUGUUCAGCAGAAAAACACUGCAAAAUCAUUCAGUGUGAUAACGUGAUGCUGGAAAAGGAAUCUUCCACUGAGUUUAUAUUCUCCGGAGACAUACAAUUUAACGAUUUUAAAGAGCGUGCACAGAAUAAAGCGUUUCUGAAAAGAUAUACUGGAGAGAGUGCAGAGGUAAAGUUCAAAAGCAUGAUCCACAUUGAUUACGACAAACACCGAUAUGUGCUGGAUCCUUCUCAUGAACGAGAGAAUAAAGGACUGGCACAUGAAAAGGGUGACGCCAUGUGGAAAGAGAGCAAUCCCACAACAAAAUUGAGUGAAGUUCACGUCGAGUUCAUUAUUUCGCCUGAUACACAGUGCAUAAUUUUAACGGGAACUGGACUCGGACUUGCGCUUUUGAUUCUCGUGACGUGCAUCAUGUAUAAGCUGGGAUGCUUUAAGAGAAAAACAGUCCAGUAUUAUCAAGAGCAGGAAGAGGAGGCUGUUCAUCAGAUGGGAAAUGCUGCUCAGGACAACGGCCUUGCCAGCCAGCACGCGAGCGAACCGCUCGCUGAGGAAAAAACACUUCUUGAAGACAACCAGUCGGCUGACACAGAGGCAGCCCUGGAAUAAAUGACCAUGAUGGGAUUCAUACGCUCGAGCAAAUUUAUGGACAUAGACGACGACACUGUCGAGAGAACAGUGCGAUGAUACACUAGUGUAUCAUUGACAGCUGUCAAUUAUUUUAGUAAUUUACGGUUGACUAUUUGAUGUGGAUGGGGGUUCAUAGUGGCUGCAUUUUGUCUUCGUGAAUGUUUUCUGUCUCAACAUCAGCUACAGGAUGGAUUGUGGAUCUGCUGAGGAUGUCAAAUGCCCGUUAUUGAGGAAUGAAGCAGGUAUAAAUAAAGGUAUAUAUUGUCUGGACAAUUAUUGAAAGUCUCGAAUCUGUCAAGCAUUAGACUUGACUGGUUGGUACACCCAGAAUCUGAAAUCUCCUAUUACAACAAAAUGGAGGUAUUCACGGGACGUCAUCGUCACUUUCAAACUUUGUGCCAACUACUGUGAACGGCUGAGGCAGAUCAAGAAAAAACAGAACAAACGCAGGGGUCAUCAGUCAGAAGGAGUCAUCUUGCAUCAUGACAACGCAAGGCCUCACACAGCAGCCCAAAUGGUGCAGACCAUAAAUGAGUUGGGUUGGGAACUGUUUCUUCAUCCCCCUUGCAGCCCAGACUUUGCCCCUUCAGACUUUCACCUGUUUGGUCCCUUAAAAACGUUCACGAAAGCCACAAAGUUUGAAAGUGACAACGUCAAAAGUGUUGUGAGUGGCUGAGACAUCAGUCCAAAGAUUUUUAAACUGAGGGAAUAUGGAAGUUUGUGCAGAUGGGAAAAGAGCGUGACAGUGCUGGGAGACUAUGUUGAAAAAAA